AUGGCUGAUUUUCUCGAAGAUGAAUCUGCAGAAGAUCGCGUCAUUGAUAAUCGAGAUUACCUCCACUCCGAAAUGAACAUAUUCAAGCAGAACUUUCGUACGUCGGUUAUAGCCUCGGAAGAGAGGGAGCUGCAGAGAGGUUUUGAUAAUGGCUUCCAGUGGAGUUUUCGAAUGUCACGACAGUUAGGUAUCGCAAGGGGUGUUCUGGCUGCUUUGCUGAAACACGGAAAAGAGAGGAUUUCGGUAAGCAAUGAAGAAGAUGCGAGAGAAAUCUCACAACAACUUGACGCGUUGGCCGACAGACUUUCCGCUUUCGCUGACCGAGUAAACGAAGAUUGUGCGGUGCGCCCAUCAAAAACAGCGGAUGAGUUCACGAGCAACAUCUUGCCAUCAUUCGAUGCACUAGACAUGGAACUGUUCGGUGUUCUUGAGACAACAGACACCAAUUUGGAUUCCGACAACCAAAAUGCCGCUGAAUCUUUUCGCAUCAAGUACGCAAACGAAAUAAAGAAAAUCGAAGAAGAUUUAGCAAAGCUUAUGAAAGAAUUUUCAAAUUUUAUUGCUCAUCUGUCGUUUCCUGUUCAGUUGCAGUUUGCCGAAUAA